ACCACUCGAGUAUAUACACAGGUGCUUUUAAACUAUGUUCAUUAUGUUCAAAGUGGAUUCCGACACUCUACAUCGUUACAAUAAGUGGUUGACUUUCCGAUCCUGACUUGACCAUUCAUUCGUGAUUGCCUUUAUUGAUGUCGAUUGAAUCCCAAACGCGUGGGACAUUUGGUGAUUUUAAGAUACCCCUCUCAUAUGAUACAUCCAUCCACUCUUACCGUCACCAUCAAUACCUAGGUACAUUACGAUACAACAGAACGAAUCGAGAUCCGCCACGAAACACCAAGAACGAAUCGAUCCAAAAGUAAUGGAUUAAACGAUCGCGAGUCUAUCUGCCCCACGAUAAUCUUCACAAAUUCACCGUUGCGGAUGCCAUCAACCAUUCUUCGAGCAAAUUAAUCCAAAGCUUCCCGGCCCGGGUUACGGCAACAGGGCUCAAGAUGUUGGAAGGUUUGGUUGCAUCGUUACUCAAUCGAUUCCUGGGUAUGUAUAUACGGAAUUUCGAUCCUGGUCAACUGAAAGUGGGAAUCUGGUCGGGGGAUGUUAAGCUACGAGAUUUGGAGCUACGGCGGGAGGCGCUGGAUCAGUUAAAGCUGCCUAUAAAUGUGGUCGAAGGACAUUUGGGACAACUUACUUUAAAGAUACCAUGGUCGAAUCUGCGAGGUCAACCGGUUCAAGUCGAAAUCGAAGAUAUCUAUGUGCUUGCAUCGCCGAAGGAAGAUGCAGAGUGGGAUGAAGAAGAGGAGGAGAGGAGAAGGCAGGCUGUUAAGAUUGAGAAGUUGGAUAGUGCCGAGAUGUUGAAGGAUCGAAGUCAAGAGGGCAUGAGUUUGGAAGAACAGCAGAAGAACCAGAGCUUUACGGAUAGUCUGGUUACUAAAAUCAUCGACAAUCUCCAAAUCACGGUCAAGAAUAUUCACGUACGAUAUGAAGACUCGAUUUCAGCGCCUGGUCACCCAUUUGCUCUCGGUCUUACAUUACAAGAGUUCAGUGCUAUUAGUACGGAUGGUAAUUGGAAGCCGACAUACAUACAAAACUCUUCUGGAACCACACAUAAACUUGCCACUCUGGGUGCUUUAGCUGUGUAUUGGAAUACGGAUACCGAGUUGCUGAGUACUGGAAGGGAAGCAGAGGUAGCUGAAUCUACCGGGAUUGCGUCGCAUGAUGAAAUGUUGUCGAGUUUUAAAGAGAUGAUUGUGCGAGGCGAAGAUCCAAAACAUGCCAACCAUCAAUUUAUUCUGAAGCCUGUUAGUGGCCAGAUGAAGCUGGAGAUGGAUAAGAGUGGUAAGAUAGAAGUACCCCAUAUGAAAGCCGGGCUGUUGUUCGAUGAAAUUGGAGUUGUUCUUGAUGAUAAUCAAUAUCGGGAUGCGUUAAUGAUGGUCGACUUAUUCCAUUACUUUCUCCUUCAUCAGGAAUACAAAAAAUUCCAACCAAAAGGUGUUCGACCAAAGGAAGAUCCACGGGCUUGGUUCAAAUUCGCUGGUAAUGCUAUCUUAAGUAAGAUUCAUGAGCGCAAUCGUCGUUGGUCAUGGGCCUACUUCAAGGAGAGAAGAGAUGAUCGGAUUCGGUACAUUGAGCUCUUCAAGAAAAAGAAGAAGCAAGCCGAACCAUUAUCACCCGAUGAAACCGAUGAAUUGGAUCGACUUGAGUGGAAACUCGAUUAUGAAGAUAUGCGCUUCUGGAGAUCCUUGGCUAGGAACCAAUUGAAGAAAGAAAAUGUCGGUAUCAAAAAGGCAGCACCGAAGCAAAAGCAAGGCUGGGUUGCAUGGGCCUGGGGAUCGAAACCACAAGCCCAGGAGGAGGACGAAGAAACGACUAUGACCGAGGAACAGCGGAAAGAGCUUUAUGAUGCCAUUGAUUGGGACGAGAAGACAGCCAUUGCGGAAAGUGUUGAUUUACCGAAAGAGACGAUUAAGAUGCAAAUCGAGGCAUCACUCAAUACCGGUAGCUUUACCCUGAAGCGUGAUCCUCAUAAUCAUACGGUCGAAGUUCUCAGCCUUUACUUUGAUGCCUUCAAAGCAAAAUUCCUACAGCGACCGGAUUCAAUGUUGGCGGAUAUAAGUCUUGGUGGCCUGAGAGUGAACGAUGGCACGAGCCCUGAAAGUUUGUUUCCUCAAAUAGUUCGUGUCAAAGAUGCUCCUGAAACUCCUAAAGCCAAGCUUUUGCUUAAUGGCGAUGAAGACAAAUCAGACGAUACUCCUGAUCCAUUCUUCCAAUUCCAAGUCGAAACAAAUCCCUUGAACGAUGCUGGUGAUGUCGCAGUAACCGGAAAGCUCAAACCGCUUGAGAUUAUUUGGAAUCCUCAUUUCCUUGUGGGUAUAAUACAGUUUUUUAAGCCACCAGAAAGACACAUGGAGUCUAUUGGAGCUCUCAUGGAAUCCGCGGGAGCAACAGUAGAAGGACUCAGGCAACAGACCAGAGCAGGUCUUGAGUUUGCGCUUGAGGAGCACAAAACAAUUAACGCCAAGUUGGAUCUUCAAGCACCUCUUAUCAUUGUGCCCGAAAACAUAACCUCGAGGAAAACGACUUGUCUUAUUCUUGAUGCCGGUCAUAUCAGUGUGAACAGUGAACUUGUGGAUGAGGAAACAAUGCGCGAAGUGCAAUCAAAGCAGAAGACGGUUUAUACCGAGGCAGAUUACAAGCGCCUGGAAUCUCUCAUGUACGAUAGAUUCGUGGUCAAGCUUUCCAACACACAAGUUCUUAUUGGACCGUCCAUUGAGGUUACGAAAGCACAAGUGACGGCAAAGGAUGAUCCUCACUCGAUGCGCGUUGUCGAGAAGAUUAAUAUCGAUUUCAUUGUCGAAACAUCAAUCAUACCCAAAGCGCCAAAUUUGACAAAAGUAAGAGUCUCGGGUCAUCUUCCUGUACUACAUGCCUCUGCUUCGGACAAGAAAUAUAAAAGCUUAAUGAGUAUUAUCAAUGCCGCUAUUCCAAAUAUAUCUGCGGAAGAGCUUCCAGCACAGACAUUAGCAAAAAGUCGUCGACCUUCGAAUCUGUCGAUACGAGCGCCUUCAUCAUCGAAGCAACAAAAAGAUCGGACACAAUCUAUGUCGUUUAAUUUCUCCAGGCAAGAGGCUAUAAUUCUCCAAGACGAGUCAUCUGAUGAUGACGAGGAGGACGAGGAUGAAUUCCAAGACGCCCCCAGUGGUAAAGAGAGUGAUAAACUCAAGUUGGAACAAAAGGAUUUCGAGCUCAAAUUUGAAGUCGAGCGCCUUCAGGGUUCACUUUAUAGAAGUGAUCCAGAGGGCAGGAAGCCAGAUCAACUUUUGGUGGAAGUAGUCGCCGAGAAUUUUGGUGUGAAUUUUGUUCUUCGUCCGUACGAUCUCAUCGUGGAAACCUCCCUGCAAUCUGUAGUCGUAGAUGACUAUGUUGAUAACCCUCCUGCGGAGUUCAAGUCAAUAGUUUCUUCUGGGGACAUGGAGUCAGAAGACGAAACUGCUCUUAUCAACGUCAAAGUGGUAAAGGUAAACCCCAAUUCGCCCGAGUUCAUGCCAAAAUAUGACGGAGUGGAGAUUAAUGUAGAUAUUUCUGUCUCUACAAUCAAUUUGGUGGUUACUCGCAAGACGCUGUUGACUCUGCUUGAUUUCAUCUUGAUUACAUUUACGAACCAAGAUGGUCCUCAGAAAAUAAACGAAUCUGCUGAUGAAACUUCAGAUGAUCUGUUGGCUUUGUCAGAUGGGUCGCCCUCCGAAGAGGAGGUAGUGCUAUCUCCCAAAAAGACUGAAUUAUCAGUUCGCGUCAAGGUUGACCUGAAGAGCAUACGCUUGAUCCUCAACAAUGACGGCAUCCGAUUGGCUACGCUGUCAUUUAACCAUGCAGACGUAGGAAUUUUUAUAUUGGGCAAUACCAUGCGAAUUGGUGCAAAGCUGGGCGAUUUAUCUUUACUCGACGAUGUUAACCUAGGAGCCUCCAGCGAGUCGAAUCUCCGAAAAUUGAUAGCUAUCGAAGGUGAUGACUUGGCGGAUUUCCGAUAUGAGACUUUUGAUUCUGAAAGCAGUUCAUAUCCAGGAUAUGAUUCGUCGAUCUACUUGCGCGCGGGGUCUAUUAAAGUAAAUUUCCUUGAGGAACCGUACCGUAAGAUCAUCGAAUUUUUGGUCAAGUUUGGGAAGAUGCAAGCUCUCUUCAAUGCUGCUAGACAAGCUGCAGCGAACCAAGCUUCACAGCUUCAGCAAAGUACUAGCCGCAUCAGAUUCGACGUCAAUAUUAAGACGCCGAUCGUUGUUUUCCCUCGUGUCAUGAAUGCGGGUAGUGGUGAGAGGGACUUGUUGACCGCUUAUCUUGGAGAAAUUUAUGCAGAAAACAAAUUCGUCCCACUCGGCGAUUCAAAAGACGCGACUAUUGCAAUGAAACUCACGGCUGGAAUCAGGAACAUUCGGUUGACAUCCGAUUUCCAUUUCCCCGAUGAGAAGACAGAAGAGCUUGAGCUCAUUGACAAAGUUGAUUUGGGUUUUUUGGUCACUUAUGCCGAGCAUAUUUCUGGAGCGCUUCGUCCGGAUAUGGAGAUCGAAGGUCACAUGUCUGACUUUAAUCUGCGAAUUACACAAACGCAAUUGAAGUUCCUCCUUGAGCUGGCGAAGUCCGUUCCAGGCGCUUUCAUGGUGGAUUCAGAUGACAGCGAACAACAAGCUGCGGAGGACGUACCCAGCGCAACGACGAAGAAGGCAAAAGCAAUAACGCAAAAAUCGUCAGAUGAUCAUAAUAAUGAGCCGGUUGAUCUCGGUCCGGAACUGGGCUCCAACUCACAGAGCUGGACUAAGCUUGACUUGGUUUUCCAUGUUAACACGAUCGGUCUCGAACUCGUCUUAGCAAAGGAACACGAGCCAAUUGGUGAUCUUGAGGCCGCAAGUUUAUCGAAAUUCUCCAUGGACGACACGAAGGUCAAACUCCGAAUGAUGACAGAUGGCUCAUUGGAAUCAGAGUUCUUGAUACACGCUUUCACAAUUCAGGAUAGUAGGAGUAGAGAGACAAACAAGUUCCGCAAGAUCAUGACAUCUUCAAACAAGGACGUACAACAGUUCAUGGCUAGCAUUACUAUUUCGGGGGGACAAGAACGCAACCUCAUUGCUAUUUUGUCGAUAGAUAGUCCAAAGGUUAUCUUUGCUCUGGAUUAUCUUUUCGCCCUCCAGGCAUUCAUUACAGCGGGUCUAGCGGUAGAAGAGACUAUUUCACCAGAUGACGAGGACGAGUCGACAGAAUCCGAGCCUGUCUCCGAUGCGGAUUCUAUGCAGGUAGUCAGGUCGAAGACGACAGAAAGUCGAGCAAGAUCUCCGAGCAAAACACCUAGUAGCAAUACACCUAGUCAAUCGACUUCUUCGUCCGAUCAACCUUCCAUGUCAAUUGCAUUUAGGGUGAACGUCGUGGAUGCACAAAUUAUAUUGAUCGCAAAUCCACUCAGCACAAGUUCCGAAGCGAUUGUACUUGGUACGAAGCAAAUUCUUAUGUCACAGCAACAUGCUCUUACACUGCAGGUCUCUGAGAUGGGUAUGUUCUUAUGUCGAAUGGAUAAAUUUGAGGAUACUCGCCUGAGGAUUCUUGAUGACUUCUCUCUCCAAAUGUCAAUUGAUAGUUCAAAGCCAAACGCUCAGAGUAUUUAUCUUGAUAUUGAACCUCUUGUUCUUCGGUUAUCGCUGCGUGAUAUUUUACUAGCAGUCCAAAUUGUUCAGAGAGCAUCCGAGCUUUCUGGCAAUGAUGAUGAACCUGGGGAGAAGAAACCAGUUGCAUCUGAUGUCAAGGCCAAACAGCUACAUAGUUCCUCGGGCCUCAAACAACGAACAGCUAGCGGUAAAGGUGCAUCAACAAUGAAGAAGACCAAUGCUGGCACUGUUGCUAUGUCUCAACAAACCCCCGCUCCACAGAUCAGUACGCAACAAGUCCACAAAAAGCAUGAAGAACUGACUGCAACACUGGCUGGGAUGAGACUCAUUCUAAUUGGCGACCUCCACGAAUUACCCAUUCUUGAUCUUAGUGUGAAGAAAUUCACGACUUCUGCUACUGAUUGGUCGGGCAAACUCCGAGCUGAUACAGCCAUCAAUAUGUUCAUCAAUGUCUACAAUUUCUCAAAGUCAGCGUGGGAGCCUCUCAUUGAGCCUUGGGAGUUGGGUCUGCUGGUAGCUAAGGACUCGAACCCAGAUUGUAUGUCUAUUGACUUAAUUUCGAAAAAGACGCUUGAGAUCACUGUCACAUCUGCUACUAUUGCACUAGCGUCGAAAUCUGCGCAAUUCCUCACUCAAUCUGACGACGUACUAUCGAAACCGAGAGGAGCCGAUGCUCCAUAUCGUAUUCGAAAUUACACUGGCUUUGACAUUAAUGUAUGGGCAGAUGUUCCUGAUGCUGAUAAUACCAUGGCCGCCACACUGGAAGAUGGAGAAGAAGCACCUUGGCGAUUCGAAGAUUGGGAAAAGAUGCGUGAAAAUCUCGCGCCUGAGAAUACCAGUGGAUUUGUGGGAAUACGAUUGGAGGGAAGUGGAUUCGAUAGUCUGAACAAGAUCCCGGUUAAUCGUGAAGGUGAAACUUUGUACAGUCUGCGACCUCGCAAGGAUAAGAUUUUACACCGGCUGCUUGUCGAAGUCACUUUGGGUACAGAUAACGUCAAGUACAUCACCUUUCGAUCUCCACUUCUAGUAGAGAAUAAAACACAAAUUCCUGUGGAGCUAGGGGUCUUUGAUUCUCAGGAGGGCCACUUGCUCAAGAUUGAAAAGAUUGCACCGGGGGAAAGUCGACCUGCGCCUGUCGGAGCGGCAUACAUGAAAUCGUUACUCGUGAGACCAGAUCAGGGGUUCGGAUACUCUUGGUCUACAGAAUCGCUCUUUUGGAAAGAUCUUCUUAAAAGACCUACCAGAACGAUUACUUGCAAGGGUGAAAAUGGUGAUAAGACGCCUCCAUUCUAUUUUCAGAUGAACGCCACUUUCGAUAACACUACACCUAUUACAAGGUAAGAGCAUCCAUCCCAUUGAUUGACCUGAAUUGAGCUGACAAAUUGUAGUAUUUAUCCUUACAUGCGUAUUCGACUUUCAGCACCCAUCGAACUUGAAAAUCUGCUACCGUACGACUUCAAGUAUCGCAUCUAUGACAAAAACACGAAGAAAGACUGGACGAACUUUCUUCGUAAAGGUGGUCUAAGUCCUGUUCAUGUCGUCGAACUUUCGCACUUGCUACUCAUGAGCAUCGACAUGCAAGACACAGUAUUCAAAGCUAGCGAGUUUGCAAUCAUCAAUUCAAAUAAUCAAGAUGACUUCCGAAAGGAGACUACACUCGUCUGUAAGGAUCGUGAUGGACUUGCUUUGAACCUCAAACUGCAUUAUUUCAAGAUUCCAGAUAGUGGAGGAGCAUUUAGAGUAACUGUCUACAGUCCUUAUGUUAUCCUAAAUAAGACCGGACUGGAGAUCAACAUCAAACAGAAGUCAUUGUUGCAGCAAGCAAAGACGGCGGCCGGUCAAGGGUUUCGUACAGAUUCGGCUGAUUCAGAACGACGUAAGGCACUUCCUUAUAUGUUUGCAUAUGGCGGAGAUGAUCAGAGGAAUCGUGCUUUAUUGAAGGUUGGCGACUCAAAUUGGAGUAAGCCACAAAGUCUGGAUGCCAUCGGUAGUAAUGUCGAUGUUGUUUUAUCUUCCUCUAAAAAUAAUACCGAGAUACACGUGGGUAUCAGUGUUGAAUCAGGAGAGGGCAAAUACAAAAUGACCAAGGUAGUCACUCUUGCUCCCCGCUUCGUUCUGAAGAAUCAGAUGAACGAGGAAAUAAAUGUUAGAGAACCCGGGUCGUCUGAACUCUGGACUUUGAAGCCACAGGCUCUAGAACCUCUUCAUUUCCUCCAGAAGAGCCCCGUCAAGCAACUUACACUAUGCUUCCCUGGACUAAAUAACCAGUGGUCGUCGCCAUUCAUAAUCUCAAAUCUUGGAAUUACACACGUGAAAUUGGCUAAGGCUGGCCAACGACAAAAGCUCAUUAGAGUCGAAAUCCUCAUGGAAAAUGCUACAAUUUUCUUACAUAUCAGCGCCGAGACUAAGAAUUGGCCAUUCUCUAUGCGAAACGAGAGUGAUACGGAAUUCAUGUUCUUCCAAGCAAAUCCUAAUCUAGACGAUGAAGACGUUGAGGACAGGUCUGGAUGGCGUCCAAUAAGAUAUCGUUUACCCCCUAGAAGUAUCAUGCCGUACGCAUGGGAUUAUCCUGCUGCUAAACAAAAGGAGCUCAUCAUUAAUGCAAACGGAAGAGAGCGCCACAUAAAACUUGCAGAGAUCGGUAAUCUCAUUCCUAUGAAGAUUGGAGGAGAUGAUCCUCACCCCAAGAACCAAAAGAUCAUUGACCUGAAUGUUGCAGCAGACGGUCCAACACAAACACUCAUUUUGUCCAACUACAAAGCAUCGAAGAGUUUGUACAAGCAGAAGUCAAGAACAAAUUCUUCGGUCAGUGUUGCAGGAGGAUUUGAGGUCAAAAGCCAAGAUACUGCCGUCAACUUUAAAGCACAACUCAAACUUGGUGGUAUUGGUAUCUCACUGGUCAAUGCUCAGCUCAAAGAACUUGCUUACAUCACUUUGCGUGAUAUCGCACUCAAAUACGCCGAGUCACCUCUAUAUCAAACAAUCACUGCCUCUAUCAAGUGGAUACAAAUCGAUAAUCAACUUUAUGGUGGAAUUUUCCCAAUGAUUCUUUAUCCUAGUGUGGUUCAAAAGGGUACUAAAGAAACGGAAGCUCAUCCAUCUCUUCAUGCUAUGGUUACCAGAGUGAAGGAUGAUUCUUAUGGAGUUAUCUACAUCAAAUAUGCAACAGUCUUGGUGCAGCAAAUGACUCUCGAAAUUGAUGAAGAUUUUGUUUGGGCAGUUUUGGAAUUCUCCAAGGUACCUGGAGCAGCCUGGUCAGAAACACAUGAGGGUGUACUUUGCGACGAGAGUCUCGAUAUCCCAGAACCAAAACAAGAACAAUCUGGUCAGGAUAUCUAUUUCGAGCUUCUGAACAUUCAACCCAUGCAGCUUGAUUUGUCUUUUGUUCGUACCGAUCGAGUUAAUGUUGAGGAUAAAACAUCGUCGAAGAAUCCUCUAAUGUUCUUCAUGAAUGUUCUAACUAUGGCUAUCGGUAAUAUCAAUGAUGCCCCCGUCCGUAUGAAUGCUUUGAUGUUGGAGAAUGCAAGAGUUUCUGCCGCCGUUCUCAUGAUGAAUAUCUCCAAUCAUUAUUCACAGGAAGCACUUUACCAAGUCCAUAAGAUUUUAGGUUCCGCUGACUUCCUUGGAAAUCCUGUCGGAUUGUUCACCAACAUCAGUUCUGGUGUUGCAGAUAUCUUCUAUGAACCAUAUCAAGGUUUCAUUAUGAACGAUCCCGAGCAACUUGGCAUUGGUAUCGCAAAGGGUGCCACCAGUUUUGUCAAGAAAUCAGUAUUUGGUGUUUCGGACAGUUUUUCAAAGUGGACUGGUAGUAUCGCAAAAGGACUUGCAGAAGCUACUAUGGAUAAGCAGUUCCAGGACCGUCGUCGUAUGACUAGAUCUCGAAAUCGACCCAAGCAUGCUCUAUAUGGUGUUACGGCAGGUGCCAAUUCCUUGUUAACGAGUUUUGCAAGUGGUGUAGGCGGAUUGGCUCGCAAGCCUCUUGAAGGAGCGGAACAAGAAGGUGCUGCAGGUUUCUUUAAGGGUGUUGGGAAAGGUCUUCUUGGUUUUGCUACUAAACCAGCCAUUGGUGUUUUCGACCUGGCUUCCAAUGUGAGUGAAGGUAUCCGCAAUACCACGACAGUUUUCGACGAUAGUGGACUUGAUCGUGUGCGUCUCACACGUUUUAUCGGAGCAGAUGGUAUCGUGAGGCCUUACUCCCAGCGUGAAGCUCUCGGACAAUUCUGGCUCAAACAGCUUGAUAAUGGGAAAUAUUUCAACGAACAAUAUAUUGCGCACCUGGAACUUCCGCGCGAGGAUGUCGUGGUCAUGUUGACUUAUUCGCGCAUCAUGUUGGUUAAGAGUAAGAAGUUGACUAGUGAGUGGGAUGUGCCGCUUAAGGAUAUUCAGACGAUUAGUAAGGAGAGGACGGGGUUAAGCUUGACGUUGAGAGGGGGAACGAAUGGACCGUUUAUUCCAGUGGCAGAAGAGAGUUCUAGGAACUUUUUGUAUAGGAAUAUUGGGGUGGCGGUGGGAGAAUUUAAUAAAAAGUAUAAGGCUACGGAGUAGAAGGUGGAAUUUCGAUGAUGGGAGAGCUUUCGACGGGGUGGAUAGUAUGGGAGAUGCGAGGAGCUUGUAGAGUGCCCAAUUGAGCAAUUAAGCUGGAGAUAUGAAAUGAGAUAGUUGUAUGAUGGGUGGAUGAUUGCAAUGAUGGUGGGAGGUAUGUUUGCUGAUGGGAUGGGAUGGGAGUUGUGGGUGUGGGUGGAUAUGAAUACGAAUACACACGGAUUAUAAAAUAUAUUAAGAUAAACUACUUCUGCUUUGUUAAAGAAAACGUAGAGAUUUGAGAAUAUGAAUAUGAAUACCUAUGAACAUGAAU